AUGCCAACCUCCUCCAGCCUCCUCUACCGGGGCCUCCAAGGGUUUGGUGUCCUGCAAUGGGUCUUCUCCUUCUUGGGGCUCGAGUCGGACCCCUCCAGCAGCAACCUCUUCGGCUUCCACCCUCACUGGCUUCUGGAUGUCAGGGCCUUGGGCAACUUCUGCACUGGGCCCACGGGCUUCUCCCGCCCCCGGCAGCACCUGCUCAUGCUGCCCUGUUGCUUCCACUUCCCUCCCUUCCAGGACUAUACCAUGUGUGGUGAUCUGGGCAUCAGGCCUCCCAGCCUCUACCCUCCCCCCACGUUUGGUGCCCUGGACAAGAACGAGCUCUUCCAGCAGCUGGCGAGCCCGCUAGGCUCGUGGGUGCCGAGGGCGCAGAAAGCUCUGCAGCCGCUGCUGAGCGUGGCCCUGCCGCUGUUCCACGGCCCCUGGGCCUCCUCCCCCUGCGGCGCGCCCAUCCACGCCUUCGUGGGGACCCCGAUCCCGGUGCCGCGAAGCCCACAGCCUGACCGGGCGCAGGCGGACGCGCUGCCUGAGCUCUCCGUGGAGCAGCUCCGAUGGUUGUUCGCAGAGCUCCCUUCCCCCAGGUCAAUUCGGUUACCACACCUCCCUUGCACACCCCUUCCCCGCCCAGGGGCGGGUCCAGACCCACCGAGCACGAAGUUCACAGAUCAGUCUGAGAGGAAGCCUGGAAGCGUCUGGGGCUCCAGAUCCAAGCAUCUUGCCAUCCACACCCCAGCACACACCCAAUCCCAGGAUGCCCCAAGGGCUUGGCCCCAAACCACCAUUGUUCGUCCUCCGAGUCCUGGAGCCCUUCCUGACGAGGGGAGCUCUGGAGCGGGAUCUCCACGCCCUCCGCCCUCCUCCACCAUGAAUACCCUGCAGAAGCAGUGGCUGGAAGCAGUGCGCACCUACCAACACGUAUUCGUUUUGCUCUUUGUGGUCCCUCUCUUUUCCCUUCUUGUCCUCUUCACGUCUCUCUGGUGGCUCUCUGUUCUCUAUUUGGUAGGGCUCUUCCUGGGCUGGGACACACCCAGCCAAGGUGGAAGGCCUUCCGAGUGGAUGAGAAAGCAGACCUUUUGGAAACACCUAAGUGACUAUUCUCCUAUCAAGCUGGUGAAAACAGUGGAGCUGCCCCCUAACCGGAACUACGUGCUGGGCGCUCACCCACAUGGGAUCAUGUGCACCGGGAUCUUCUGUAAUUUCCUCACCGAGAGCAAUGGCUUCUCCCAGCGGCUUCCUGGGCAUCGGCCCUGGACAGCCACCCUGGACAGCCUCUUCCGCCUCCCAGUCUAUCAUGGCUACAUCAUGUCCCUUGGAAUGUGUCCUGGGAACCACCAGGGCCUGGACUUCAUUCUGUCCCAGCCCCAGCUGGGGCAGGCUGUGGUUAUCAUUGUCGGGGGUGCCCAUGAGUGCCUGUCCAUGGUCCCUGGGGAGCACCACCUCACUCUCCAGGAGCAGAAAGGCUUCUUGCACCUGGCACUGAGGCACGGGGCCGCCCUGGUGUCUGUAUACUCCUUUGGGGAGAAUGGUAUCUUCAGUCUUAAGACUUUUGCCACAGGCUCCUGGCAGCAUCUGUGCCAGAUCACCUUCAAGAAGCUCCUGGGCUUUGCUCUCGUCUUCUGGGGCCGUGGUCUCUUCUCGGCCACCUCCUGGGGCCUGCUACCCUUUGCCGUGCCCAUCACCACUGUGGGUGAGCGCCCCUCUCCAGCUCCCCAGCGCCUCCACCCCAGUGAGGAGGAAGUUGACCACUAUCACGCACUCUACAUGAAGGCUCUGCAGCUGUUUGAGGAGCACAGGGCAAGCUGUGGUGGCACCUCUACUCACCUCACCUUCAUCCAGCCUGGCCUUAUGCCACCUCCCCCACGGAGCCCAGGAGCCCCUGAUCCCGUGCACUUUGACCUCCACCUACUGCCACACUCUGCUCCUCCAAUAAAAGCCAGUUCUCUCCCACCACUGCUUUGUACUACUUCCUAGAAUCGGAUGCUCGCAAGGCUCAUUCUCUCACUCUGGGAGUGAGCAUCCCCAGGAGAAAUUUGCUCCCAUCCUGAUGUGCUGCAGAGUUGC